ACUUUUGUUUAAUUUGUUUGUUUAUAUUUAUUAUCAGUUAGACCGACAUUUUUGUCGUUUAAGUUGCUUUUCCGUUCUUUCGGAUUAUAAAAUGUAAUACACGGUGUCAUUUAUGAUAGCACAAUUUUCCGUCGUGCGUUCAAGAUAUUUCCAACAUUGUGUUCUGAAUAACCACGUAGACAUCGACAGUUUGGUCAUAUGUUUCGUGUGGUCUCAAGUUUUAUAUAUUUGAAAGCCUAUUAAUUUUAAAUGCUCUCAAACUGUAAAGUCAGAUAAGUAUCAUACUGAAUUAGUGCACACAUAUUUCUUUCAACCUAUUUUUGUUAUUACAAGUUUCGAAAUUAUAAAAUAAAGGCAUUCAAAAAAAAGAGUUAAAACAUGACAUACACAUCCGCAUCUAUAGCCUUAAUGCACUCCCUUUUGAUUAUUUUUGUUUUGCUAUGUAUAUUAAAACACGUUGUUCAUUUGUUAUUUGCGUGUUUCCGGCAUUGAUGCGCGUAUUUAUAUCACGAGAGAUUUGCGAGUUCAAUUGUCAAGCAUCAGCUUUUCAUUUGAAGAUAUAUUAUAAAUGCUUGCUUAUGUUGAUGUUUGGAAAAUUUAAAUCCAAAGUGUCGUCAUAACGCUUAAUUCUGUUUUAUUUCGAUUGAUGCGACCUUUUCACGAAUGUCUCUUACCUUAAUAUAUUUGUACUAGAUAUGCAAACUACUUAAAACUAAAAUUGUGUUUCCUUUGUAUGCAUUGUUGGUAUAUGUAUAAAUUACUAUGAAUAUGCAUUCAGUAAUUUUGAAGUUAGAAAUAAAUAUCUUUAGAUUAAUAAAUUUGCUUUCUUUUUGCAGUGAUCACGACUGGUAAACAUGGCGUUCAUAAAACUUUUGGUGUGCGUCGUUUCAUGCAUUGUUUUGGUGAAAGGUGACUACAGAAGUAAUGGAUUUGACGACCACGGAUAUUUUAUCGGAGGGGGCUCUGCUGGUUUCCAAGGUGGUUACGUUGACGGCGACUACUCCAACGGAGGUAUAAGUGGCGGGCAUUUUGGCGGCUCAAUGUUUGAAGGCGGAAUCAGCGGUGGCAUUAUUGGCGGUGGAAUCGGUGGCGGGAUUGGUGCUGGAAAGUACGGUGAUAUCGGCGGUGGGUUGGUUGGUGGCGGCAUCUUGGGUGGAAUAGGUGGAGGAGAUAACGAUGGCUUUGGCGGCGGUAUUAUUGGGGGUGGAGUUGGUGGCGGAGUCGGCGGUGGAAAGUAUGGUGGAAUGGGAGCUGGAUCAUAUGGUAGUGGAAUGUACGGGGGUAUAGGAGGGGGAAUGAUUGGUGGUGGAAUCGGCGGAGGAAAAUAUGGGAGUAGAAUGUUAAAGGGAAUGGGCGGGAGCUUUGACUCGGGUGGCAUGAUCGGUGGCGGAUUCCUUGGAGGCGGUGGUUUUGGAGGAGGUGCGUUCGGCGGCGUUGGCGGCGGAAUCAUAGGAGGCGGUAUUGGCGGUGGAUUUGGCGGGGGAAAAUACGGCGGACGAACAAGUGGAAUGUUUGGAGGUGGAAUCGGCGGUGGCAUGAUUGGAGGUGGAAUCGGCGGUGGCAUGAUUGGAGGUGGAAUCGGCGGUGGCAUGAUAGGCCAUGGCGUCGGCGGAGGAUUCGGUGGAAAAUAUGGCGGUAUUGGAGGUGGUUUGCUGAGCGGAUCCUUCGGAGGGCAUGCACGUCACGGUGGUUCCUACUACAGGCAGUUCGGUGUUAGUGGUUUUUCCGGAGGAGUUGCGGGUGGAUAUGGUGGAAUAGGCGGCAUGGCUGGUUCCGGUAUUGGGGGGAAGGGAUUUCCUCGGCGAUCAUACAAAAUGUACUAGACCUUGGAAACACGGACAAAAGGGCUCAAACCAACCGAUCUUUAUAUAUUGCAUUGCUUAAUAUUAUACGUAUAUAUGUGUUUUUGGAAGAUAAAUGUUACAUGCGACAUGCUACAAUAAAU